UUUAAAUUUUUUUUUUGAGUUGCAAGAAUCGGCCUCGCAUUUUUUUUUUUGCACCCAGCCCCGCAUUAACUAGAACCGGCCCUGUCAAGCACUUAAAAAUAGAAAAGACGCUAUGAGAAAAUAUAAAAAAGACCCCUCUUGGGUCAACUUCAUUAACUUCAAAAAAUUAGAGGUCAUUACCAAAAAAAUUUUCAAACUGGAAAAAAAGCGGAGAUGGAGAACCUUUUGUGAAUCCAUCUCUCCUAAAACUUCCAUCACUAUCAUAUAGAAAAUCAUCAAAAGAUACAAAAACAGAUUCCUCAAACUUCCAUCACUACCAUAUAGAAAAUCAUCAAAAGAUACAAAAAUAAAUUCCUUAUUUCUUCCCUCUCACCACCUGAAUCCAAUUUUAUAAUCCCCGAAAGUAUGCUUAAUGAUUCUAUAUACCUCCCUCUACAUUUUUCUCCACAUACUCAUCUAUAAACGACAUUCCACCGUCACCAAUCCAUUCCUAGAAGAUCCCUUCACAAUAGAAGAACUAUACUCGAUAUUAAAAAUCUCAAAAUUAAAUUCUCACCCGGUCCAAACCGAAAUAGAUAACAAUAUUAUCUCCAAACUACUGUUACGUCCAGACCCUUGAAAGGUCGGGCCAUCUGGAAGAACGUAAUCUACUUACCCGGUAACAUACUUUCGGGCGUGUAUAUGGAUCGGGUCGAGCGCACUGAGGGGCCUGACACAGAUCAGUGACCACAAUGGUCCCUUUAACUCUGUGAGGCCGAGUUUCCACUGAGCGCGUCUCGCGUCGCGUCAGCCGGCGCGUCACGACGCGACGUGACGAAAGUUUUGAAACAGCGUCGUUCUUAUUCAUACUGAACGCGUCGCGACAAAUGAAGGUAAUGCAUGAGCAGGUACAACAUAACCUAAUAUCAAUGAUUGUUGAUAUUAGAUAGUGUCUGUUCAUGCAUUGCGUUAUUUGCUGCGACGUGUUUAGUAUAGAUAAGAAGGAUUGUAGAAUUAUGGAGGCCUACCGACAACGUUGGCGAAAAAAAAUUAUUGGCAUGAUGCUACUCCAUAGCCGAAUCAAACUUGUCGAUAAGGAACACCAAAGGUUUCAUAGAUUCUGGGUGCGUCCUAUACUUGAAACUAGACGAACUCACGGGAACUGGGAACAUUUGAUACAGGAGCUUCGCUUAUAUGAUCAUGAAACUUACUUCAAUUUUAUGAGAAUGACACCACACACUUUUGAAGAGAUUCUUUCUUUGGUUGGAUCACAGCUCGUACGACAAACUACAAAUUUUCGAGAACCAAUACGUGCAGAAGCUCGAUUAUCGUUAACAAUUCGAUACUUGGCUACUGGAGAUUCUCUGAAAUCACUUUGGCCUUCAGAAUUGGGACAGCUACUGCAUCUAAAAUAAUUCGAGAGACGUGCACAACAAUAUGGCACAACAUGCAACAUGAAUUCUUUAGUCCUUCUCAAGAAAAUUGGCUACACGUUCAUAACGAAUUUACACUGCGUUGGAACUUUCCACAUUGUGUUGGUGCAUUAGACGGAAAGCAUGUUGUCAUCACAGCUCCACCGCAUUCUGGAUCAUCAUUUUAUAAUUACAAAGGACAACAUAGUAUUGUACUAAUGACCUUGGUAUCAGCAGAUUAUAAGUUUUUAAUAGUAGAUAUAGGGGCUCAAGGCCGCCAUAGCAACGGAGGCAUUUUUAAAAAUUCUGAGAUUGGUCAUCGAUUCAAUGAAAAGCUAAUGGAUUUGCCUCCUCCAUCUAUUAUUGAUUCAUAUACUCAACCACUUCCAUUCGUAAUAGUCGCAGAUGAAGCUUUUCAAUUGAACUCGUAUACUAUGAGGCCAUACCCAGGGCGGAAUAUGACUCUAGAAAGGCGAAUAUUCAACUAUAGAUUGUCCAGAGCACGAAGAGUUGUGGAGAAUGCCUUUGACAUUAUGACAUCACGAUGGAGAAUUUAUCAGAAGCCUAUGAAUACAUCGCUGGCUACGACCGAAGCAAUUGUACAAGCUACCAUUUGCCUUCACAAUUUUAUGAUAAAGAGAGAUAACUAUUGUGACGACAACUUUGCAGAUCAUGUGAAUACCAAUGGUAUCGUGACAAAUGGUGCGUGGCGAAAAAAUAUACAAGAAAUAUGUGCAAUUCAAAAUCGAGCUAUCCUAGCAUUGGCAGCGUCGAAGCAGAUGUCUCUCAGGCAAUUCGACGUGAAAACUGCGUUCCUGAAUGGAGACCUGGAAGAAGAUUUCUUCAUGAAACAGCCGAUUGGUUAUGAUGAUGAGAGUGGACGAAUAUGUAAGUUGGUUAAAAGCUUGUAUGGCUUGAAGCAGGCUUCUCCACGCUGCUAGAACCGGAAGUUCACAUCGUUCAUCACAAAGUUCGAUUUCAAGGCCAGUCAAUCGGAUCCAUGUGUGUUCGUAUGCAACAGAAAAGAAAUGAUUGUGUUGGCAAUCUACGUGGACGAUGGGCUCAUUGCAUCGGAAAACGAAAAGGCCAUAUUGCCGGUGAUUGACCAUUUGCAAAAAGAAUUCGAGAUUAAGAUAUUCGACGUAGGAUGCUUUUUAGGAUUUGAGAUCGAUCAACGAUCGAACGGAUCAAUUCAUGUCAGUCAACGGGCAUACGCACAAAGAGUACUGCAACGUUUUGGCAUGAUGGACUGUCAUGCAGUCUCGACCACUAGACGCCGGACAGAAUUUGAGUGACUUCGAGGCGGAUGGAGAGGUCAAUUUUACAGGGAAGCGAUAGGCAGCUUGAUGUACUUGGCUGUAGUGACGCGACCGGACAUCACCUUCGCGGUCGGAAGUGUCAGUAGAUACCUGGAAAAGCCGGCCGAGGCGCAUGUGAAUGCUGUCAAACGCAUUCUGAAAUACGUAAAGGGUACCUUGGACAUGGAAAUACUCUUCGAAGGAGGCAACGAUCUGACGUUCUGCGGCUAUAGUGACGCAGAUUAUGCGGGUGACAAGCGAACUGCACGAUCGACAUCAGGAUAUGUCUUCCUAUUUGGCGGAGGGAUCAUCAGUUGGGGUUCGGAACGUCAAAAAUCAGUGGCGUUGUCAACAACCGAAUCCGAGUACAUGGCAGCGUCGUAUGCCAUAAAGGAGUUGAUAUGGCUGAAGCAAUUGCUGUCGGAGCUGCUACAAACUGAAAUGGGUACGCCGAAUUUUUUCAUGGAUUGUUAGAGUGCGAUUCGGCUUGUGAAGAAUCCGGAAUUUCACAAGAGGACCAAACACAUCAAUGUUCGAUACCACUUCAUUCGUGAGAAGUUCGAGGAAGGUGAAUUCGAACUGAAAUAUAUGUCAACGAAUGAGCAGUGUGCAGACAUUAUGACAAAGACAUUGCCAAGGGCAAGGCAUCAAUUUCUUCGUGUAUUAAUGAACAUAGUUUCAUUCGAAAAUUGAUUAUUUCCUUGUUUUGUCAUUCUAAAGUAUUUGAUUAAUGCGUAACUUGUAACUAAAAGUGGGAGUAUUGAGAUUCGAAUACGCGCCGAUGUUUCACUGUAGUUUCAAGUUUUUUUUUGUAAGGUCCCCUACCCUUACGAUUCUGUAUGGAUAUGGUGAUGGAAACUCGGCUAUGUCUUGUAGCCUAUGAGAAUGACCCGGCACUUCUUGAUCUGAUUUCUCACAAUAAACACGCGGUUCAGCGCUCUCGUAAUUCUUCAUUUUGGCAAGUUUUUGUGUGUUUUCUUUUAUUUCAUAAUCACAUCCUAUUACACAACGCGAUAUCGUCAACACUAAAUAAUCAUAAUGGGACUAAACUGGUUGAAGGCACAUUAAAUAUAUAAAAAAAAAAAUUCAAACAUCUAAAUUUGGUAGUAUGAGCAAAAAAACAUAAGCUCCUUGCCAUCAAAUACAAGAAGAACUAUUUUCUCUUAUAGUUUAAAAAUUAAGCUCCGGACAAAAUUUUGCAACAGGAAAAAUCGUCUUAGAAUUCACUCAAGAUAUUUUAAAGACACAUGUUUGUUUAGAAUCACCCUAUAUAUAAAAUAAUUUGCGAUUCAAUUAUGUAAUAAGACGAUAUACUCAAG